AUGGAGAAUUCAUCAUCCUCUGCUCUCAAGAAGCCAAUAUUACAUGUCGAAUGUUGUCUGAAAACGCUAAGUACAGUUAGAUAUGAUUUAAUACGUACAAGCAUAGAACAAUUUCUUAGAGAGUUCAAAACGUCUGUGCCGUGUCAUUCUGAAAUCACGGACUAUCGGGAUGUUGAAAUUUUAAGGGAAAACAUAGAAUAUCUGAGGAUUGACGAUGUUUUUGGUGAUUCCUCCGAAAUUCAAACCUUGGACAGUGUCACUCUUUCUAUUCAUGUGUACCAGUUGGAUGAGAAUGAUGCAGCAGACGAGUACGAUGAAGAAAAUAAUGUUCUCACGGCUAAUUACUGGGACUUGCCCUCAAGAGAAUUGGAAGGAUUGUGGGACAUACUCGUGUUUGAUGGCAAUAUCAAGACAAAGUUGCUGGAUUAUGCGCAUACUUUGCUGAUGUUUUCUGAUGUUGGCGUUGAUUCCAACAUAAUUCCUAUGAACAAGGUCGUUUUAUUACAUGGCCCGGCUGGAACAGGCAAAACUACAAUUUGUAGAGCAUUUGCACACAAGCUAUCCAUUAGAAUGGCUGGAAGAUAUACCAAUGCAAAGUUGGUUGAAAUUAACAGCCACAGUCUAUUCUCAAAGUGGUUUUCUGAAUCGGGAAAGUUGGUGCAGAAAAUGUUUCAUCAGAUUAACGAGAUGGCCGACUCUGAUGAUUCAUUUAUUUGUGUGUUGAUAGAUGAGGUGGAGAGUCUAUCGGCUGCUCGCAAGUCUGCGUUGAGUGGAUCUGAGCCGUCUGAUGCAGUUCGAGUAGUCAACGCUCUCUUGACACAAAUUGACAAGCUGAAAAGAAAAAAGAACGUGUUGAUUCUGACUACUUCCAAUAUUACUCAAGCAAUAGACCUCGCAUUCAUCGACCGUGCCGACAUUGUGCAAUACAUUGGGUUCCCGUCUCACCAGGCCAUUUAUUCAAUCCUAUCUGGUUGCAUCAACGAACUCAUACGCGUGAAGAUUGUAAUCGAUCAUUCUCUACUUGAAUGGCGCGUACUGGAACUUCAUUUGCAUGCACGCGAAAACCCAAGUGUCAAGCUUCACAUGAUAUCAUCCAAAUGUCUGGGCGUGAGCGGUAGAAUACUGCGCAAGCUACCAUUCCUAGCUCAUGCGAGAUAUCUCCGAUCGUAUCAGACAUGUUCCAUUGAAGAAUUCUUGUCAGCAUUGGAACUGAUUGUAGAUGAGGAGAUUAGCGCAAGACAAAAAGUUGCAGGCAUCUUUACGAGUACAGUGGGACUGUGA